GUGAAUUACUAUGAUUAUGAAUUAUUUAACAAUUACAAAGAAAGAGAAAGAAAGAGAAGAAGGCAAAUUUCUUUCCACCGCAAACCCACCACCACCACCACCACCGCCCAUCAUCUUCUUCUCUCCUUUCUUCUACAAUAAGCUUGGAGCCAUUGUUGCCCCAGAGACAACUCACCACUCACAGAUAACUCUAUAUAUAGUCAAUAUUGAUUAUCACCCGCAAGUAGAGACCUUGCCUCCCUGCAUCAACAGGUUCGUUCACUAUUUCACCAUCAUCAACGACUCGAUAUCUGCUUCUUCGUAUUAUUUCACCAUCAUCAACUCGAUAUCUGCUUCUGUUCACAACGAACUCAUCCAAAUUCCAAGUGAUAAAAGUCGACCUAGCAAGAAGCACAAGUCUAAGGAUGAUCAUCACCGAAGUGGUAUGAGUAUGACAGAAGACGGAAACGCCUACUUUGCCGCUGAAGAUUUUGAUGAUGAUCGGAAUCCUGACGGUGAGCCAAAAAAGAGAGACUUCACCAAGUUGGAACUGAAGCCUGAUCAUGGGAAUCGUCCUUUGUGGGCUUGUGCUGAUGGGCGGAUAUUUCUUGAAACUUUCUCGCCUUUGUACAAGCAAGCUUAUGAUUUCCUAAUUGCAAUUGCUGAACCAGUCUGCAGGCCAGAAUCGAUGCAUGAGUACAACUUAACUCCGCACUCAUUGUAUGCUGCUGUUUCCGUUGGUCUGGAAACAGAAACAAUCAUAACAGUCUUAAAUAAGUUGUCGAAGACUAAGCUCCCUAAAGAAAUGAUUGACUUUAUACAUGGAUCCACUGCAAAUUAUGGUAAAGUGAAGCUUGUGCUCAAGAAGAAUCGGUACUUCAUUGAAUCUCCAUUCCGAGAGGUGUUAAAAAAGUUACUGAAAGAUGAAGUUAUUGGCAAGGCAAGGAUUUCAGCGGAGACUGCUCAUGGAUCAGAUGGAUUUACGGUCAGUAAAACGUUGAAUGAGAUGGGAGGAGGUAGUCAUGGUGAUUUGUUAAGUGAAGCUGAAUUGGCAGCGGCUGCUGAGGAGAAAGAUACUCAUGCAUUUGAAAUUGAUCCCUCUCAGGUCGAAAAUGUUAAACAACGAUGCUUGCCAAAUGCUCUAAAUUAUCCGAUGUUGGAGGAAUAUGACUUCAGGAAUGAUACGGUCAAUCCUGAUCUUGACAUGGAAUUGAAGCCUCAUGCACAACCGCGACCAUACCAGGAAAAGAGUCUCAGUAAAAUGUUUGGAAAUGGUAGAGCAAGAUCUGGUAUCAUUGUCUUACCAUGUGGUGCUGGAAAGUCUCUCGUUGGUGUAUCUGCAGCAUGUCGUAUAAAGAAGAGCUGCCUUUGUUUGGCCACAAAUGCUGUGUCUGUAGACCAAUGGGCAUUCCAGUUCAAGCUUUGGUCCACUAUAAGAGAUGAGCAUAUAUGCCGCUUCACUUCUGAUAGCAAAGAGAGAUUCCGUGGGAAUGUUGGAGUAGUUGUGACAACAUACAACAUGGUUGCUUUUGGUGGUAAACGUUCUGAAGAAUCUGAGAAGAUUAUUGAAGAAAUAAGAAAUAGAGAAUGGGGAUUACUUCUCAUGGAUGAGGUGCAUGUUGUUCCUGCUCACAUGUUCCGGAAAGUCAUCAGUAUUACCAAAUCACAUUGCAAACUUGGGCUUACUGCUACACUUGUGAGAGAGGAUGAGAGAAUCACUGAUCUGAACUUCCUUAUUGGCCCCAAAUUGUACGAAGCCAAUUGGUUGGAUUUGGUAAAGGGUGGCUUCAUUGCAAAUGUGCAGUGUGCUGAAGUUUGGUGCCCAAUGACAAAGGAGUUCUUUGCUGAAUAUUUGAAGAAAGAAAAUUCCAAGAAAAAGCAGGCAUUGUACGUGAUGAACCCUAACAAGUUUAGAGCAUGUGAAUUUCUGAUUCAAUUUCAUGAACGGGAGCGUGGUGACAAGAUUAUUGUUUUUGCUGAUAAUCUUUUUGCUCUCACUGAGUAUGCGAUGAAGCUUAGAAAGCCUAUGAUUUAUGGUGCUACCAGUCAUGUUGAGAGGACAAAAAUUCUAGAGGCAUUCAAAACUUCGAAGGAUGUGAAUACAAUAUUUCUCUCUAAGGUUGGUGAUAAUUCCAUAGAUAUACCCGAAGCAAAUGUGAUCAUCCAAAUCUCAUCACAUGCUGGUUCAAGGCGUCAAGAAGCUCAACGUCUUGGUCGUAUUCUUAGGGCAAAGGGUCGGCUUGAAGAUAGGAUGGCUGGAGGAAAGGAAGAGUAUAAUGCUUUCUUUUAUUCACUGGUAUCUACCGAUACACAGGAGAUGUAUUACUCAACUAAAAGACAGCAGUUUUUGAUUGAUCAAGGUUACAGCUUUAAGGUAAUAACAAGCUUACCUCCUCCUGAUUGUGGGGCAGAGCUCAGCUACUACAAACUUCACGAACAAAUGGAUCUCCUAAAGAAGGUGCUAAGUGCUGGGGAUGAUCUUGUUGGUCUAGAGCAGUUGGAAGAAGAUGCUGAUGAGUUAGCCCUCAUGAAAGCACGUCGCUACAUGGGAUCAAUGAGUGCCAUGUCUGGUGCUAAUGGGAUGGUAUACAUGGAAUACAACACCGGACACAGGAAACAUGGACAGAAGAGCAAGCCCAAAGAUCCAUCCAAGCGGCAUUAUCUUUUCAAGAAGCGUUUCACGUGAGAACUUGUGUCCGGAGCCGUAUGAACUGAGGCCUGAGGGUCCAAUUUGGGCUGUGAAGUGAACGCUUAUUGAUGUACCAAAUAAGCAUUUUUGAGUACCUAUAAUAUGAGCUUUUAGAGUACUACUAAGAUAAAUUUCAAGUACAUAUGAACUAUCCGGAUAUUCCUUUAUUAUCUAUCUAUACUAAUAUAUUAAAAGGCGUG